AUGGAGCCUUAUACCGUUGAUCCAGCUUCGCAGCAUCCAAACUCGAUCGUGCUGUUCGAGCGCUUCCGCACAUUUCGAACCGCCUACAAGCAUAUCAACGGUCACCCCAUUCAUGCCUUUUUCAUCGUGCCGAAUAGCCUCCCCGGAGGCCCACGUCCACUGCUCGCGAGGAUCCAUGGCGGAGGCUUUGUCGAAGGCGAAGCUGAAGCUUCCAUCCGACCCUUUUUUCUCGAGCUCGCGCUCAAACACGGAGCCGUCAUCCUGACACCCGACUAUCGGCUCCGUCCCGAGCAUGAGCUCACCGAUACUAUUGCCGACAUAAAAUCCUUUUGGGAAUGGGUGGAGGAUGGGUUAGCGCAAAAGGCCCUGAGUAGCUCUCUUCCCGAGAUCACGGUCGAUAUCAAUAAUCUCAUGGUGGCGGGGAGAGCGCGGGAGGCUACCUCACGGUAUCGACCGCAUUACUCGACCUGA